AUGGCAUCCCAUACAUAUGGCAUGACACGGCUCAGGGAUGACUGCGACAUACCCGAUCGGUCUGCCAACUCUCGCUGGAAAGUACCAGUAGCCAAGUGGCCUAAUGUGCUCAAUACUUGUACAGGAACACACAGCGCGUGGUUUCUCCACGAGGGUCUUUCCAAUACUGGCCAAGUCAAGAAAUGCAAUGAAGCAAGUUGGUCUGAAGACAAAGAAUGUUCAGCUGGCCAAAACUCCCAGAUACCAUGUAGUCAAGAGUCCACUUAUUCAGAAACAUCUGGUGACUGUCUGGAUGAUAACAAUGAAAGCCCUGAUGACAGUUAUUUAAACUCAAGCCAGCCCAACCCAGUAUUCUUAGAUACUCUUCAGGGAAAUGUGGCAAUGCAUGAGGAUGAUCAUCCCAAAAGCUCUGCUUCUUCAGGGAAGGAACCAAAGGAAACAAAAUGCAAAGUCACCAUGGAGAAAUUGUUUGAUCUGAAUACUAAGAUACUCCAACAAAUUCAAAUGCUGGAACAGAGACAAGCUGUCAUCAUGAAUGACUUGGCAAAAGUUAAGUCUGUUCUCAUGAAGCGGGCAGAAGAAGAUGCCCAUGAGGAACUUUUUAAACAACAACAGUGCUCCAGCUUUGAAACGUUUGAAGCCUUCUGUCAGAGGCUUGAAGAAGACAAAAAUUAUCGAGAGCUUUAUGUACACUAUCUCAUCCAUACUCACGGCAGCUCCAGUAUAGGUGAGAUGGUGAGACAGGCUUUAAAAAGCAUAGCGUCAGACAAUGUUCUCUGUCUGUAUAACAGAACGGGGAAAGAUGGGAAGAAGGUGUUGCCACCUGUGCUCCUGACAUGUUUGAAAAAAUGCGUCAGAUCUUUUCACAAACAAAAUGAAAUAGAGGUGAAGAAGCUAAAAGUAAUCACCAGAACAACUCCAGACGCGGAAU